AGGGCAUGAUUUUAGCUGCUGGGCAGUGCAGUGGCCUCCCAGAAUUCCAUAAGAUUGUGACUGUUCUUGUCAACUCCAAUGAUGUGACAUUCAUUUGUAAAUUACUUUCAUCCUGGUACAUUGAACAUCUAAGGUCUUACGAGCUUGUUGAACCCCACUGUUCAGAAUUAGUGGCCCUUGAUCCAGAUGUGCUGACAGAUUACCGCCCUCUUACAGCGUACAAAGUUGGUGGAAAGCUGAUGGUCACCACAAGAUCAUUCAUUCUCCAUUAAAUAAGCCAAAAAUGACUUUGUUACUUCGGGUCGUUGUCUCCUCCAAAAAUGCCAGAAGAAUCCAGCUUUUCGAAGUACCGGAAUCUGUGAACAAUCUGAUAGAAAUACUAAGAGAGAGAUUAGAACUUGAAAGUGACUUCUCACUACAGUUUGAGGACCCAGAGUUUGGAAAUGCACUAUGCAACUUGACAUCAAUGUCUGAGUUACCAGCUGAGCGUGCAGUCUUGCAUAUUGUGUGGGACAGGGAUUCAUCUGUUAACCAGUCCUCUAUUGCUUCAGUCUCCUCUCUGGAUACAGCCAGUGUUCACUCUGAAGAUUUCCGGGAUAGGUCUCCAGAUAUCCAGAGCAAUUUAAGGCAUGUUGCUAAGUGGCCCAUUCCGUUUCCUAUCCCCAAGUUUAAACAGGAUGUUGAACUGAAAUUGCGUAAAGGCAAUGCAACAUAUGAAAAGUCCAACAAGGGCUUUGAUUUGACAAGAGACAUCAAAAUGGAAAUCUUGGAUAAAAUCGCACAGGCGAUUGUUGAAAUCAAAAGCUACCCUGAGAAAGCGGAAAUUGAAUCAGUUGCCUCUUCACUGGUCCUCAAGUAUCCGUGCCUGAAGGAGCCAGGUAGCAUCACAGGCUACGAUGGUUGGAAAACGAGCAUAAAGUACAAGCUCGGAAACUUCAGGUCAAAGCUGCGCGAGGCGGGCUGUAAUGAAGUGGAUGUUAACAGGAAAAGAAAAGCAGGAGAUGAGGAUGACACUCCAUUCACCCUGAAAAGGCCCAAACGUGGAGAGGUCAACCAUGUUCCAGAUUAUCCACAACACCAUGACGAUUCUACUCUUGAAGGGGAAAGAGUUGCUCUGGUCGAUGAAACGAAAAAGAAAAAAAAGAACACGACAUUGAUACGGCAGAAGAUGGAGCUGACAUUUUCCCUUAGGCGGAGAGAGGUAGUAGAGGUGCAGCCUAUGGUAUCGGAGGUCCAGCAGAGAUGGCCUGCACUGUUUUCCUGUGAAGAGAUAUCUGAAGAAUUUCGUCGAAUCACCAGCAAAGACCUCCUGGAGACUUUCAAUGCGUCCCUUGACAAAUAUGUUCCUCGCCUGCUCAGACUGUACCGGACAAGAAAGGGAGCUUUUGGGCAGCAAAUGGAAGACAUCCUGGAUAAGCUUGAUGAACAGACAUCAGACAUUCUGUCUCACCGAAAGACUGCAGCACUGAGAUGCCUCCCUGUUUUUGUCCGGGAUGACACAACCAAGUUUUUCCUGCAGCCUUUGGAAACUGACCCUGACGAAAGAGUGCUCAGAGGCGUGUCUGUGGGUCUCCUUGCUGUCUGUGAAGAAGAUGAUCCUGCUGUUUCACCAAACGUGCGGGACUGGGCUGUUGUGUUGGAAGGUUCCAUCGUGCUACCUGACCUGCCAGACCUCGGCACUGCCUUUGCAUACCUCUUUGGCCUACUGUAUGCAAUGAACAUUGAUUAUCCGAAGGAGAUGAGGUACACCUUUGAAGCAAUUCAGACCAUCUUUUUCGAACUUGGCUCUCAGUGCUCCCAGCGCACAAGGUCUCUGAAAACAAAGCUUUUGCUGUGACUCUUAAUGUGGAGGCCAACCUUUUGUUUUAUGCCUGUUCUAGUGCAUUGUGGUUGGUGCUUGUAAAUAUUCACAGCCAGUGAUUUAAAAAGUCCUCACGGAAAACUUUAAAUAAUAUAUUUUUAUUUUCAAAAUUGUUUCGGGCACCAGUUUGCAAGAGGUGCAUAUAUCAACUGUUCAAGUUUGUGAUUGUUUUAGUAACACCUCCGUGUCUGUACACGCUUGCAUGUGUUCUCAUUUUAAGCAUGCCAUUCUCCUCUGCCUGUGAUAAAGAAAUGUGUGGGAUUAUCGGUUGCCAGUCCACAAAGCUCUGGAUUCUCAUUGGUUUUGUU